AAUGCCGUUUUGACUUUAUGCAUUGUAAUAAUUAUCCACCCGAUACAUACCACAGGCCUAUAUGGCACUGAAUGGGGCUACCCUGUUUGUGGUUUUAGCGAAGACUGAGUGAAUACAUAAAUCAAUAACGCGGGAGAAGUAUUAGCAAUACAAAGGCUGCAUGUGUCGGAUGAACAAGUCCCAACAGAAUUCGUGCGCUAUGGUAUAGGCCUACUAACGAAUUUGAAAGGAAGCCAAUAAAUAAACGGGGUCGUGAAAUCAAGUUCUUUAGUACAGCAUCAUUUGCAAUUAGAGAUGACUACCGCUGACAAAAGAGAAGAUCCUAUAUAUGUUUCCCCGAUGGUGACGGGACCGACGGUAAAGGAACUAGAGGACAUCUCCGCCGAGCUCAAUCUCGGAUUGGAAGGGAGUACCGUACUCAAAGAAUAUCAGUCAGUCAUCAACGACUCCUUGGAGAUGGUGAACCAACUCGAUGACCUGGUCGAACCCAGUCUACCGGUGAAGUAUCCACGAACUCCGGGUUACCGACCUACAAGGGAAGAGAACCCUCACAAUGCAUGGUACUACAAAUGCAGAAUCACAGGAGCAGACAAUGGGAACUUAUCAGGAAAGCGUAUUGCAAUCAAGGACUCUAUUGCUGUAGCGGGAAUCCCGAUGACGAUCGGAUUCAGUGGUCUUGAAGGAUACGUUCCCGAUUUUGAUGCUACAGUGGUCACGUGGGUGUUAGACGAAGGGGGAAUCAUUCUUGGGAAAGCGACAUGCGAAGAAUUGUGUAAUUCAGCGAACAGCUAUACAAGUGGAACAGGACCAGUCACGAAUCCCCUUAACCCACGUCACUGCGCUGGCGGGUCAAGCUCGGGAUGUGCAGUGUUGGUGGCAACAAAUGAAGUGGACAUGGCAAUCGGGGGUGAUCAAGGCGGAUCGGUUCGGAUACCGGCUAGUUGGUGUGGAUUGGUUGGUUUAAAAGCGACCUUUGGUUUGAUACCGUAUACAGGGGCGCUAUCCGGGGAGUUUGUCGUUGAUCACUUGGGACCAAUGGCGAGGACUGUUAAAGACUGUGCUCUGCUGUUAGAGGUAAUCGCCGGGUAUGAUAACGGGAACGAUGCCAGGCAACCAAAUGAUUUGAAAACGCCCUCUUAUUCACAACAGUUGGAGGAGCUUGAUCCGAAAUCAAUUCGAAUGGCCGUUUUGAAGGAAGGUUUCGGUAGUCCAGGAUCUGAUCCAGAAGUUGAUCGUCUGGUUCGAGAAACAAUCGACACGUUUGCUUCAUCAAGUGGGGCUCAUGUUCAAGAAGUCUCUAUUCCUUUACACAAAUCAAGUAUAGCCAUUGGUACUGUUAUUGGAGACAUUGGUGGAGUCGACAUGACAUAUAACACGGCAGGUGUUGGAUUGCAUCACACAGGAUACUAUGCUACUAGUAUGAUGAGGGAUGUUGGAGCUCGCCUUAAACACAAUACUAAGAACCUUCAUCCCAUAAAUAAAGCCCAUCUAAUAGAAGGCACUUUCUUGAAGAAGAAUUAUUGUCAUUUGUACGGCAAGGCUCAGAAUCUGAAGAGGCAACUCGAAAAGAAAUUUGAUGAUGUCUUGGUAGAU